AUGGAGCGCGCUGAAGACGGAGCUAAGCUGGUGCCGCUUAGGCACCGCGGUUUUCACAGGUUUGCUGCCUUGCACAAGAACGUCAUGCUCGGCACGGAAUCCCCUAGCGUGGGAGCCCCGGAAAAAAUUAGAAUGUGCGAGUCUGCCGUCUUAACAAAGGGCGCUGGCGGCGACAUUGCGGAGUCAACGGAGAGCGCGCCCAACCAGGCGCUGAGCACUUACAAGGCGGAUUUCGUGCGCUAUGACCUGCCUACUCGCCGGGUGGAGUCGCUCGCGCCACAAUGCGGCAAUCGUGUGCCGUUCCGCGCGACCACGACGUAUCGCAUGGACUACCGGAUUGCGGUCUGCUCCGACGACCCCGUCUUACCUGCCGGCGCCGGGCCGCGUCCGUCGGCGGUGGAAGGCGCGGCGCUGCCUCGCCGGGGGCCGUUCGGGGCGCCGCUGUAG